AUGGGUACCAUUGCAGGGUAUCUUCAUUUCCAGACAACUGGUGUAGUGAUAAAGUGGUUGGAGGACGAGGAUAAGCUAAGAGGACUUCUUAACAAUUGGUUAGAAGAAAAGAGAAAGGUGUUGCAUGAUCUAACAUCCGAGCAUAGCGCAUUGGUUACCGGGGAUACUUUUCCGAUUACCCACGCUAUAUUGGAAAUGAAUUUAAAGCGAAACGACCCAGGACACUACUGUUAUCUUCACACAAUUCACAAAAUCAUCAAGGCAUACCCCAAUCAUUGUCCAAAUGACGCACCUUUCUUUCCAAAGGAGAUUCAUUCAAGGGAGAAUUGGCAUCGAGGUCUACGGGCGUUCCGGAUCCUACACAGGGAGGGUAAAAUUAGGCAGAGGGGAGCCAGAUCGACGCCAGCACUCAAGCUGCUCUGGUUGGAUGACGAGACCUUGAAGUCAAGUAGAAGCAUGGACGAGACUGCCGAAUAUGGGGUGUUUAAAGCGAGGGAGUCGGGAGAGGUCUUGGAACUUGAGAAUCUGAGUGGUAGGGAUGAUGAAGAUAAUCCACUUGAAGAGACACAAGAGCAAAAUAUUGCGGAGAUGGAGGCGCUUCAUCGUUCUUUAAACAGCACUGGAGAUAUCGCAAAGGAAACGGUUUCCCGAUGCAAGGAUGCUAGGAAGACCCGGAAGGAAACUCCACCGGAAGAGAUGAAGGCGUGA